UCUCCGCAUGGUGGCGAUGGCGGGCGGCGUGUCCGGGAGGACGGACCCGUUCCCCGGGCCGGCGCCGGUGCCGCGGGCCAGAGUGAAGCGGUUCCUGCGGGGCAGCGAGGAGAAAGCGCCCCGCGCCGUCGCCCCCCGGCUCCGCUGGCACCUGAAAAAUUUGGGAAUUCGGGAAAAUUCGGCGGCGGAAAAAGCGGCGAGAUGGGAACCGCUCCUGCCCGAGGAGCCGGGGUUCCUGGAGGCGGAGCCGGGCGAGGACACGGCGCGCAUCUCGCAGCGCGACAUCGCCGACGCCGUGGACAUCGCCAGCGCCGCCAAGCACUUUGAGCUGCGCCUGGAGCAGUUCGGGCCCUACCGGCUGGACUACACCCGCACCGGCAGGCACCUGUUACUGGGCGGGCUCCGGGGUCACGUGGCCGCCCUGGACUGGGCCCAGCGGCGCCUCCUGAGCGAGUUCAACGUCAUGGAGCCCCUGCGGGACCUCAGGUGGCUGCACUCGGAGGCGCUGCUGGCGGUGGCGCAGCGCCGCUGGCUGCACGUCUACGACAGCCAGGGGCUGGAGAUCCACGUGCUGCGCGGCUUCCAGGGAAUCCUGCGCAUGGAAUUCCUGCCCUACCACUUCCUGCUGGCUGCCGUGGUCAGUGCUGGGGAGAAAAUCCCAAAAUUUGGGGGAAAAACGGCCGAUUUUGGGGUGUGGCCAAAAGGGGUGGAGUUUAAAUGGGUGGGAACUAAAGGGGUGUGGCCUGACGAGGGCACCUUCAAGCUGCAGAAGACGCGGCUGCGGGCGGAGGGCUGGGACCCCCGGGUGGUGCCCGAGCCCCUCUUCGUGCUGGACCCCCAGCAGGGCCGCUACGUCCCCCUGGACGGGGAGAGGCACGCGCGGCUCUGCUCCGGGAAAUCCGGGUUCUGA